UAUUAAAGAGCUAAAAUACAUUCAUGUGUGUUCGAAACGAAAUUUGUUUUAAUAGAUUUUUAAACGUUAAUUUGAAAAGAAAGAUUUUAAUUGAUUAAGAAACCAUGUCCUCAUCAAUAAAUGAUCAAGAUGGUCCAGAAUCAUCACAAUCGCCUACUAAACGGCAUAGAAGUCCAUCAUCAUCUGAUGGUCCGAACAAACGUCGUCAUGUUAAUGGCCACAAUAUUGGUAGCUCACCUUUACAUCAAAUGGUGGUUGCCGAUGGUUCAUCGGAAUUGAAUCAACCAUCAUCGAUACGGAUCGCUAAUUCACAAGACAAUCUUUUUCAUGGCAGUUCACCUAUGCCAUAUGAUCUUUCAUCCGAUUUUGGCCAAUUACCACAGAUUCUUAGUAACUAUCGUCGUGAUGAUGUUCGUAGCGAUAUGUCACGAAAUUUGAGACAAAUUAAUCUCAAUCAGGCUGAUCCAUCAUCAGCUGCAGCUAGUGAAUCAAGCGUUACACAAGCUGGAGUUGGAACACAUUUGGUCGUCUGGGGCACCGAUGUAUCAAUCAAUGAAUGUCGUAGAAAAUUGAAACGUUUUAUACAACAAUUUGAAUUGGAUCCAAAUAAUGAUGAUGACGAUUGUCUUCAAUCCAGCCAGGAUUAUUUUGAAUUCGAUAGUGCAGAUUCUUACAAUCAACGAAUGGAAUCUUAUUAUGUUAAAAAAAUUCGUGAAUGUCUCAUUAUCGGCGAUUAUUUUCUUAAUGUUAAUUGUCAACAUUUAUUGAAAUUUGAUGAAAAUCUUUACAGACAAUUGGUCAACUAUCCACAAGAAGUAAUCCCAACUUUUGAUAUGGCAUUGAAUGAAAUUGUCAAUGAAAUUUGUCCGGCUGAAAAUCCACAAAUCGAUGGCCAGAUUUUUCAACGACUUUGUAUUCGACCGUAUAAUGUGAAAAAGACAUCGAAUAUAAGAAAUUUAAAUCCUGAAGACAUUAACCAAUUAGUGACCAUAUCAGGCAUGGUAACACGUUGUUCGAAUAUUAUUGCUGAAAUGUCCAUUGCUUAUUUUGAAUGUUCGGUUUGUAUGUUGGGCACAAAUGUCGAAGUAGAUCGUGGAUUGAUUGCUGAACCUCAGGUUUGCCGUAAUUGUGACACACGAUAUUCAUUCAAGUUGAUUCACAAUCGUUCGAAAUAUACGGACAAACAACAAGUGAAACUUCAAGAAUCACCCGAUGAUAUGCCAGCAGGUCAAACACCAUACACUGUUUUAUUAUAUGCUUGUGCCGAUCUAGUGGACAAAGUUCAACCAGGCGAACGAAUUACCGUAACUGGAAUAUUCCGUGCUACAUCCAUUCGUGUUAAUCCAAAAAUACGAAACGUUAAAUCCGUUUAUCGAACCCAUAUUGAUGUUGUUCAUUAUCGAAAAGCCGAAAGCAAACGAUUACAUGAUUCAUAUUUGGAGUUGAAAUUGCCUAAAGAACGUAUUGAUCAAUUGAUCGCCAUGUCCAAUAUGCCAGACAUUUAUGAACGUUUAGCUCAUUCAUUGGCUCCAAGUAUUUACGAACAUGAAGACAUUAAGAAAGGUAUUCUGUUACAGCUAUUUGGUGGUACUCGUAAAGAUGAUUCUCGUGGUGGUGUAAUGAACAUGAAUGAUCAUUCAACAACAUUUCGAUCAGAAAUCAAUAUUUUGCUUUGUGGUGAUCCUGGUACAAGUAAAUCACAAUUACUACAAUACGUUUAUAAUCUUGUACCGCGUGGUCAAUACACUAGCGGUAAAGGUUCCAGUGCUGUUGGCCUUACUGCCUAUGUGACAAAAGAUCCUGACACUAAACAAAUGGUUUUACAAACGGGCGCUCUAGUUUUAAGCGAUGGUGGCAUCUGUUGUAUCGAUGAAUUCGAUAAAAUGAACGAAUCAACACGAUCUAUUCUACAUGAAGUAAUGGAACAACAAACAUUGUCCAUAGCUAAAGCCGGAAUUGUCUGUCAAUUGAAUGCCCGUACAUCGAUUUUGGCUGCAGCCAAUCCUAUCGAAUCACAAUGGAAUAAGAAUAAAACAAUUGUAGAAAAUAUCAAAUUACCUCCUACUUUGAUGUCUCGAUUUGAUUUGAUAUUUUUGCUUCUCGAUCCACAAGAUACUGAAUACGAUCGACGAUUGGCCAAACAUCUUGUUUCUUUGUAUUAUAAAUCAUCGGAUUCAGAAUCGAAUGAUGAAAAACAAUUUUUAAUUGACAUUAAUCUGGCCAAAGAUUAUAUUGGAUAUGCUCGAGCAAAUUUCCAUCCAAUACUUAGUGCCGAAUCACAAGAAUGUCUUAAAAAUGCCUAUGUAGAAAUGCGAAAAGUAGGUUCUGGAAAAGGUCAGAUUACUGCUUAUCCACGACAAUUGGAAUCAUUGAUUCGAUUGGCUGAAGCACAUGCAAAAAUGCGUUUUAAAACAACUGUUGAAGUGGAAGAUAUAGAAGAAGCUCGACGAUUACAACGAGAAGCGAUUAAACAAUCAGCCAUUGAUCCUACAUCUGGUCGAAUCGAUGUUUCGAUAUUAACUACUGGAACUAGUUCACAUAAUCGUAAAAUCAAAAAUGAUUUGUUGAAUGGUCUACGACAAUUAGUGGACAUGAUGAAGCAUGAAUUGGUUCAACGUGGCCAAGACGAAGAUAAUUAUGUUCAUUUAGAAUAUCAACAAGUGUUCAAUGAAUUUAAAUCAUCAUCAACGUUGGCCGUCACCCGAGAUAUGUUUGAUGAGGCCAUAAUUGCAUUACGUGAUGAAGGUUAUUUAGAGGUUAUUUCCAACAAAAUGAUUCGUGUGGCAGUUUAAUAAGAUUUUGAAAAAUCAAUUUAUUACAAUAAAAAGUUUCUUUUUU